CCGAACCGGCUGGCUAAUUUGUUUACCUCUUAAACUUAAACUUUAAAGCUUCUUAUUCUACCACAAUCAGCAGGACAUGGAAAUAACACUCGCUCUGAUAAAGCCGCACGUGCUGCGGAAUACCUAUGCAAUGCAGCAGAUCCGAGCCCUGAUCUCCCAGAACUUCACCAUUCUUGACCAGAAGGAGGUUUGCAUUACGAAAGAACUAUCUGAGCGAUUUUACGCGGAGCAUAAGGGAAAAUUCUUCUACCACCGACUAACCAGUUUUAUGAACAGCGGACCCAGCUACGCCCUGAUUCUCCAGUCGGAAACCUGCAUCCAGAAGUGGCGCAGUCUUCUGGGUCCCACCAAGGUGUUCCGUGCCGUGUACAGUGAUCCCAACUGCAUCCGGGCAUUGUACGGAAUAUCCGACACUCGCAACGCCUGCCAUGGAUCCGACAGCGAGGCAUCCGCCCUCCGCGAGAUCAGCAUCCUGUUCCCGGAGUUUGACGCGGCUGUUGGGAGUCGCCAGGCGAAAAGGGAGGAGGCGUAGUCGAGGAGUUCUUGAUCCUUAGAUUGAUCAAGAUGUCUACUACCAAAGCAGUUCAUGAAAAAUGUUUACAUGUUGUUCAAGUAGCUAUUGGAAUUGUCCUAAUUUAUGUUUCUUAUUUUUAAUGCCUGGCAUUUUUAGAUUAGUAUUUAGGCUAGACUAGAAUGUUGUCAUAUGGUAUGCUUUAAAAGUAAUUGAAGUUUAUGAUACUUUUUGUGACUAGUGUACUAAUAUGUUUAUAUAUUUAUAUAUAUAUAUUAGCAAAACAAAAACUAUACUUCUUGUUGAUAACUAAUAAGAAUUAGAUGAUUAAGGAAUUUGGCAAUGUUCUUUCG